GGGCGGGGCCCGAGCGGCAGUAGCGCGCCGCCGGCCGGCCAGAACGCACGUGUUGUCGACUCCUCGUCCGUCACUCCCGUACCGUGCACAUGUUGAGUGAAUUUUCGGCAUGUUGAUGUAGUCGUGAUUUGUAUCAAGAUGGACUUUCAGAGUGCUAUGGAGACGUUCGCUGAGGCAUGGGCAGCGGCCAACACCGUCAAGUCGGAGGCGCCGAGUGAUCUUUCGCAGACGUUAUCAGCCGAGCUACGUAGAAGUAAGACACCUCCGCGGCGGUCUCCUGAGGAGCGUGCGGUACCGCGCCCUCCUUCAGCACCGGUACAUCACGAGAGGAACCCUCACACACCACACCUAUCUCCUAAGAAGGAAGCCUUCAAUAACCUUCUCAAUAAAGGAAUAUCGGGUAAAACCCUGCCCGUCCACUGCGUGGUUGAGGCAGUGGCGUCGCUCGAAGAAGGCACGUGGCGGCGACGCGCUGUAGUCGAGACUGACAGCUAUGUCAUCAUUCCAGCAGCUACUGCCUUCCACGAGCUAGUGCCAGCUGCUAUGAUGAGGCUCGGAUAUCCACACGAAUUAGCUGCGUCGGCUAAAGGUUCAGUAGUCAUCAACAACUGGAAGCCAUUGACCUUCGAGAGGAUCUCUGACGGCCCUCUAGCUACGGUCGGCGAGGUGCUUGGAGAGUUGACCACAGUGGCAACCCUGAGGAUCCAACUACUCAGGCCCCGGCCCACGCCCAUGCAAGACAUAAAGGACAAGCUUUUGAGGCUUCUACUGGUCCAGAGCAAGCCAUUGUUAAUCUCUACUGGAUGUCCGUUAGACGAAGUCACGCUUGCUCAGAUAUGUCGAGGUCAAGAUAGAAAUCCUGGGCCGCAUAACUUUCAUGAGCCUUCGGAAGAGAUGCGGAGGAAAUUUGAGUCUUGGUGGAGCGCACAGGUGUCACCACGCCCUCCUCCUUUCAGUCCACGACGAUAUCCGUCUCCAGGGCCAAAGAAUCGCUCCCCCACACUAAACACUAUUCCUGAUCACUUACAUCCAGCUCUGCAGACAGUUCAGAGUCAAUACCCUACUCAGAAAACCAGAAUGCGAACAAGUUUCGAUCCGGAAUUAGAGUUGCCCAAGUUGCAGCGCUGGUUUUCCGAGAACCAACAUCCGAGUAGACAACAGAUACAACAAUAUGUACGCGAACUUAACAACCUGGAAUCGAGGCGAGGACGUAAACCAUUAGACGUCAACAACGUUGUCUAUUGGUUCAAAAACGCUCGUGCUGCGCAGAAACGGGCUGAACUUCGUAAUAUUGGUGGCAUGGGCUGCCACCUCGGCAUGAAUGGCUUCAAUAGUAGAAGUCACAGUCCAACAAAUGGCUCUUUACUGGCUGGGAGCGAUCAUUACGCGUCUCAAGACCAAAACUCAAUGAAGAGUCCCAUGCAACUCUCGGGGAGUCCCGGCAGAUACCCGAUGUCGGUUAUGUCCGAAGAUAAUCUAUCGAAUGGAGGUUCAGAUUUAGAAGAUGACGGAGGAGAUUUGAACCCUGAUGAUAGACCCGAGAGUCCAGAUGCACCUCUAUCCUUGAUUACAACUAAAAAGAACAACAACGAUCCGGAAGAUUUAAAAAAAGAGUCACCGAAACCCCCAGACAUAAUAAAGGUUCAUGACAUUAAGCAAGAGCCGAAAGAUUUGAGCAAACAAGAGCAAGUUAAUUCACCGCAGCGUUCGCCGGCGAAAAACAGUGACAGCUCACACAACAACUGCAAUAACAACAAUAAUGAAGAUGAAAACGGCAUUGCUGACGAACACGAGGUUUCCGAUGAAGAUGUCGCUCAAGAGCGGCAUUACCGACCUGCUUCACCACAUCUCGACCGCCUACCGUUCCCCAUGGUGCCCAACCAUCCAAUGUUUGGUCAUGGUAUUAUGUACAUGAGUCAAUACAUGACCGGCUUUCCAGGAGUAGGUCCCGUUCCCGGAGAAGGUGCUAGUGGUUUAAAUUUGGCUUUGGCUGGCGCAUCAGAUGAACGUCGCAAGCGCAACCGGACAUUUAUUGAUCCUGUCUCCGAAGUUCCCGUUCUCGAGCAGUGGUUUUCGAUGAACACUCAUCCGUCACAUAACCUGAUACUGAAAUAUACAGAGGAGUUAAACAGGAUGCCGUACCGACAAAAGUUUCCUCGGCUGGAGUCGAAGAACGUGCAAUUCUGGUUCAAGAACAGGAGGGCAAAGUGCAAGCGGCUCAAAAUGUCGCUGUAUGAGCCUUCAUCGCCAAGUCAUUACUCACACCCGGGGCAUCCCCACGCCAUCGCAGAUCGCAAGCUGGUCUGAAGAACAUACCACCAGUUAUAAAGUUAAUAAACGAAGUAACAUCAACAGUGGAAGUGUGUUUGAAUCGUAACACGAAAGACUGAUCUUGAAUCGUUUAAUGGUGUGCAGUGCCAUGUUAGUAUUAAAAUGACCGAACAGUCAUUCAAGUUUAAACGUUUCGUAUUAUUCGUAUGGACUUUAUUAAACCUUGAUAGAUUUACUUCAUAGUUUUGCUUAAGGUAGUCACUUCAAUGCGACAUAAUAAUCGUAAUAUUAACAUUAAAUUAGAAUAUUAUCGUGAUAUACCGCAGCAACCACAUCGUUUAUUUGUACAUAGUACACGUAUAAAUAAGUUGCUAUCAAAAGGCCACGUCACAAACACUGUGAAUGAAUCUCAAAUAUUAUUAUAGCGCUUUGUAUAUGUAUAUAAGCAACUCAUUCGGCUCUAUUUAUUGUAUAAUUGUAGUUUUACGAAAUGUUAUUAGAAUGUAAUUAUUAAAGUUCCGCUUAAAUUAUAGUUUUAGGUUAUGGCACCGUUAGUGUUGUAUUAAAAGUUAUUAUAAUGUAUGAUAAUUGUAUAAUAAUGAUUACAUUUAGAGAUCAUUUUAGUGAUAGAAUCGAUAUUAUUAUUCAUGAGUAAUAAUUAAAAUAAUUCAAUUUUAGAUCGGUUGUCGAUAUUCGCUACCGCUAUUACGCACAUUCCUUGUUUUUUGUAGAUAUAAAUUAUGCUUCCUCAAUCCAAAGAUUGAUUAAAUUAAUGCGCAAUCCGAUAGUUGGAAACAUUUGGUUACAUAAAGAAAAACAUUUAAUUAAACUAUUGGUGAUAGUUUUUUUUAACUAAUUUGUAUUAAUACUCAGCUCCAAAGGCAAUAAUAUAUAUUAGGUAUGUACAAUACAUAUUUUAUUUGAUUGCGUAGAAGGUUCUACCGGACAUUAUUUCACAGUAUUUAAGCAUUUAACGUGAGAUUGUUCUCGCACUUUCGAUUGUUAAUUAUAUCUGUAACAGUUUGUUUUGUUGUUCCAAUGUUGUGCUUGUUUUUGUGAAGCUGUGAUGAUAUUUCCAAAUAUUGUAAAUAUUCUAAUAAUGUUAUCAAUAAGGGUUUUAUUUUAAAAACAACGUCACUAGGCUCACACGAACAAUGUUUGCAUACUGCUUAGUUAAUGAACAUAUUGGCUAAAUGUUUAUUCGAUUCAAUUAUUAUAAACGAAAAUUUAAUUGAAUAUAAUAUGAAAAUUUA